CAGUUACUGCAAGCAGCGCCCGACUUGACCAACCCCCAAGCCUCAAGACAUUCAACAUGGGUAUCUCGCGUAGCUCGCGGCACAAACGCUCGGCGACGGGUGCGCAACGCCCCGCGUACCGCAAGAAGAGAAAGUUCGAGCUCGGCCGCCAGCCUGCGAUGACGAAGCUGGGCGCAAAGCGGAUCCACAGCGUGCGGGUUCGCGGCGGGAACCUCAAGUACCGCGCCCUCCGUCUCGACUCGGGCAACUUUGCGUGGGGCUCCGAGCACGUUACUCGGAAGACGAGGAUUAUUGGUGUCGUGUACAACGCCUCCAACAACGAGCUUGUGCGAACAAACACGCUCGUGAAGAGCGCUAUCAUCCAGGUCGAUGCGACGCCGUUCCGCCAGUGGUAUGAGUCUCACUACGCGGCACCCGUGACGAAGCGGGGUGCGAAGAAGGAUACGACCGAGACGACGGAGGAGAAAAAACUGUCGAACCACGCGCAGCGCAAGUACGAGGAGCGCAAGAAGGAGGCGAAGGUUGACCCGUUGCUGGAGACACAGUUUGCUGCUGGACGGCUGUACGCGGCGAUUAGCAGCCGACCGGGCCAGUCUGGACGUGCGGACGGGUACGUGCUGGAGGGCAAGGAACUCGAGUUCUACCUCCGGAAGCUCCGGACGGGCAAGCAGAAGCACGCGCAUGCGGCAUGAGUUGGGUGUGAUGUUGUGGGGGCCUGCGAGAGGGGUGGCGUCCGGCGGCGGGUGUAUAGUACAAAACUGCUACUGCUAUGUCUGUCCUAUGCACCGCCUUUCGAUGAUUUUCUGUAUGUCCGUACUGUAUGCAAUGCGUGCCCGCUGUCGGAACGAA